GCACAAAUCACUCAAUUGAGCUGGUUCGCAAGCACAUGCUAAUUACAAUGUUUACAAUUUGAAUUGAAAUGUGCGGCAUUUUUUGUGCAAUUGGGCAAAAUAAUGACGUUAGUUGCCAUUUACAUAGCGCUUUGGAAGAGCUACUACACAAUCGUGGGCCGGACGUCCAGGAUAAACUCAUAGUUGACAAUGUGCUGCUGGCCGGCAACGUGCUAUGGCAACAAGGCGCUGCGCCGCAAAAGCAGCCGCUAGUCGAGAACGAUUUGGUGUUGCUUUUCAAUGGCGAUCUCUACAAUUUGGAUGAAAAGAAACUGGAGAGCGAGGCGGACAGCGCCUGGCUGAUAAAAGAGCUGAACAAAUGCAACAUGAACGAGGAUGAGCAGCUGCUGGCGCUGCUGCGGCAGCUGGAAGGACCAUACUGCCUGAUACUGUACAACAGACGUGAGAAGGCGCUAUACUUUUGCCGCGAUGCCCUGGGCCGCAAUUCGCUCAUCAUUGAACGCCACCCGAACAAUUGCCUGAAACUGAUGAGCACCUCGUGCCCCGUGCUGGAGCACAUGGCCACAGCUGCACUGGAGCUGCCACCGCUCGGUCUGUACAAGCUGCGAUUGGCGCAGCUCAACGAGUGUUGCCUGUAUCCCUGGCAACCGCUGAACGAGCAGACGCAGCAACAGCUCUCCACCUUGGAGACGGCCAUGGAGUGGAGCAUGCGGCUGGGGCAGACCAUUGCGCCGUCUUGGCUGCUGGACAAGUCGCUGCAGGUGAGCAGCUAUGAUCUGUAUACGUUAGCAGCGGGUGACAUCCCCUUGGAGCUGCUCCACGAGCGACUGCUGGGAAAUGAAGCCGUGCAGCAGGCGUUGAGCAAACUGGACGAGCUGCUCCAACGGUCGGUGGCUGCGCGCGUGCUGCACACGGCACCCGUUUGCCGACUGUGUAGCGGCAGUGGCAGUGGCAGGUGCCUGCAUGCCAAGAUCUGCAUCCUUUUCUCGGGCGGCAUAGACUGCAGCAUUCUAGCCGUACUCGCCGACAGAUAUGUGCCCCCCUCGGAGCCCAUCGAGCUCAUCAAUGUGGCGUUCGAGCGCGUGGCCGGCGCUGCGGAUCAGAGCUGGAGCGUGCCGGAUCGCCAAACAUCGCUGCAAUCGCUGCUCGAGCUGCAGCGCCUCUGCCCGCAGCGCAGCUGGCAGCUGCUGCAGGUGAACGUCAGUCGAGAGCAGCUGCAGCAACAGCUCGCGGCGCACAUCCGCCAGCUCAUCUAUCCGCUGCGAACGGUGCUGGACGAGUCCCUGGGCAGCGCCUUUUGGUUUGCUGCCGCCGCAGCCGACUCGACCGCGCGCGUAGCGCUCCUGGGCAGCGGCGCCGACGAGCUCUUUGGAGGCUACACGAGGCAUCGCAAUGCCUGGCGUCGCGCUGGGCCCAGCGCCGCGGCGCGAGAGCUGGCGCUGCGCCAGGAACUGGAGAUGGACUGGCAGCGCAUACCCGCACGCAAUCUGGCGCGUGACGAUCGUAUCAUCGCCGACUGCGGCAAGACGGCGCGAGCGCCCUUCAUCGAGGAGCAUCUGGCGCAGUUCGUGCGCUCGCUGGCGCCGCAGCAGCGCUGCUGUUACGCCCUGCCCGAGGGCGUCGGCGAUAAGCUGCUGCUGCGCCUCUAUGGCCACCGCCUGGGACUGCGCGAUGCGACGCUGCUGAAGAAGCGCGCCAUCCAGUUCGGAUCCCGCAUCGCCGACAAGAAGCAGCAAGCGACGCAGAUUUCCGAAUAUCUACGAUUCGACUCACUCCAGCCGAAUGGAGUACAGUGAACUCUCGCUACAGCCGAAAAGAUGACAUUUUGUGAACACUGUAUAACAGUUUGCACUCAUCUAGUUAUAGCUGAGAUCUAACAAAUUGUAUAAUUGAUCUGGUCUACAAGUUGUAUAACAGUUUGCACUCAUCUAGUUAUAGCUGAGAUAUAACAAAUUGUAUAAUUGAUCUGGCCUACAAGUUGUAUAACAGUUUGCACUCAUCUAGUUAUAGCUGAGAUCAAACAAAUUGUAUAAUUGAUCUGGUCUACAAGUUGUAUAACAGUUUGUGCAAAAUUUAAACUAUGGAGUCUAUAUGAAAUUGUAUAACAAAUUGAGAAUAACUUCUGUACAAUUAGCUGUGGUAUACAUGUAUUUAUAGACUGUGUAUAAAUAUUGUAUAACUGUAAGUUGGAAAAAACUGUUUUAUAAGCUUGUAUAGCACUAAGAAAAAAACUGGUAUAUAAACAUUAAGUUAAAUUAUAGCUGUAACAUAGUUGUAGUAUGACAGUUAUGACAGUUAAAGCUUCGAAACAUCUAAGAAAAAAAUUUUAUGUAAGCUUGUGUAGCACUAGAAAACAAACUGUCAUAUAAACUUAAGUUAAACUACAGCUGAAACUUAGUUAUAAUAUGACAGUUAAUGUGUCAAAAUAUCUAUCUAUAAGUGAAGCUUGUUAGAGAUUGUAUAACAGAUGGAACAUGGCUAUAUAUCAUUGUAUAACAGACUAGCCAUAACUCUGAGAACAGUUGAAGCACAUUCUUUCAUUUUGUAUAACAGUUAAAGUACUUCUGCUUGUAAAAUAUUGUAUAACAGAUUGACCAUGAUUUAGACUGUACUACAGGUGGGCCAGUUAAUAUAUUCUUAGACUUUGUAGAACAGCUGUUAUAAAAUGUGUGCUACACAUGAUUCAUAUUUUAUUUCCAUUAUUUUUUCAAUUAAAAAACAUAGAACUGUAUUUGCUAUUUACAAACGUUAAGAGCACUUAGCAUAAAACUAGCUGUAAGCAUUGGACAUGCAUGUUAACUUAAGCUGCCGUUAAAUGUUAAGCGACUGUAAAGCUGAGACAGCAGACUUUACGGUGCAAGCAAAACCUAUACUUUGAAAUACAAACAUAAAUACAUAUAGAUAACUAACUCGCAUAUGUAUAUGUAUGUAUGUAUAUAUCUGA